AUGUCUAGCUGCACUUCACAGAAAAACAUCGCACUGGUACUGCCUCAUUUGGGGAGGAGGAGGUAUGUCCCUCCUCCCCUCCUCUUCUCUUUCAUGCUGCUACCUCCCUAUCUUCCCUACCUUGGCUUCUUUUGGUGGGACUGGUCUUACCUUCGGUUUGAGCCUGUUUUGGCUCUGCCUAUGGCUAUCUUUGAGAGUUUGAUUGCUUCUCCUCCUAUGGUGACUGCUUGA